UAUUUUAAUUUUGACUAUUUUCAGAUUCCCCUCGACGGUUUAUUAUUCUUCACUGGGCUUCGUUCUUCGUUAGUCUGACAGGGAUUAUCAUGCUUCUCAUUGCUAGAGGACACUACUCUAUUGAUUGUAUCCUGGCCUACUAUGUAACCACAAGAAUGUGGUGGAUAUAUCACACACUGGCCCACAAUAAUAUCCUCAAAACUAGAGGCGCGCAUAAUUUCUUCGAUCAAAUGUGGUGGUGGCUCAUUUUCAGAUAUUUUGAAAGCAAGAUCACAACUCCUCUCCCCCGUAAAUACAGUAUACCUUUACCACGGCGGGUGAAGAAUUAUCUAAAAUCCUGUUUCCGACGGCGGAAUCAAGAAAGCACGGCGGAACCCUAACCAUUAAAUACUCCGUUAGUGGAGGUCGAGUUCAGCCUCUUGUCUUGGCGACUCGAAAUAUCGAGGAAUAUUUUGACCUUUUAACCUUGUAAAGUUGUAUUCGAAGCUUUAACAGUAUUUCCACAAUUACAAAGACAGUAAAAGAGUGGAUUCGAACCAAACGAAACCGUUUGUUACUUUCCGAUGAGUCUCAAUAUUAAACUUAUUCCAUUACAGUGCGCGCAUGCGCCCUACGCUGUGCACGUUAGGGUGUUCCAAAGAAUGCUACGUUAGAGCUUUAAAUUGAAUAUCUGAGUUCCUCUUUUAAACUGAAUAAUUACUGAGGAAUUUACCGCUUUAGCUUCAGAAUACGUUGCUUUCUUAACUGCCUUGAAAUACAAGCAUCACGUGACCGGGCUCUGCAUCACGUGACUGGGCUCUGCAUCACGUGACCAGGCAGUUUGAUUAAGAAAAAAGUACCAUUUAUUGAUGAAUUUCAAUGUUUAAAAACAGGAUUUAAUCCAUGUCCGAAAAAAGUUGUAUUUAUAUUUAUAUUCAUAUCAAUAAUUUCAUUGACAACAAUUUCAAAAUUGAGUUUUUCAAAAGUUCGGCUGUGUGUUCACAUUGUACAACCAUGUACGGUGUACAUUACUUUGCACGCAAACUGUAUAGUGUACAGUUAACAAAAGUUGUAGAUGUUUAUUUUUUUUCAAAUUUCAUAAAUCAGUAAGUUUUUAAAAACGUUAAAAAAUGUUAUGUUUUCUUUUAGAUAUUUUUAGCCUUUGGCUUUAAACCCGACAUUUUCCAAUUUGUAAAGAUAUAAAAUGUAUUUAUGUUUUUGCUGAUUAUUUUUUUAGCAAUAUUAAUUGAUUGAUCUGAAUCCUAAAUCCUAUAUUGAAACAAAUGUUUGAUUUAAAUAUUUAUUCACCAGUAGUUGUUCCAGGGAACUUACUUGUAUUUUUUAGUUUUCAGUUUGGGUCUAAACCCAAGUUAACAGAGUCAGAAGUUUAUUUUAAAGGGAUGUUAUAGCAUCUUAAUUUUUAGCAAAUAUUUUUUAAUCAAUAGCAAAGAUUUAUAAUAAUAUAUGUAUUAAACAUACUAUUUUUUGAUCCCAGCAAUCAAAAUAAAAUUUUACGGAUUAAUUAAUAAUCAAACCUGAUAAUUUCAGCUGUAUUAUGUUUCAAAGAUUAAAAUCCCUCUUAAUCUUUUUGAGACUCUGGAAAAAGAAUUGUUAGAAAUCUAAAAUUUUAGAAAUUAAAAUCUCUGUGAUAGAUCGUUGAAAAGCAUUUUGAGUUGAAUUCGAAUAUAGAAAUAAAUUAUAUUCUGACUUAAUGUCCUUGA